GCUCGUGGUGCGGGCUGGGUGCGUGGAUGUAUCGUGGUGCGCUGUGCUCCGUCCUCUGGAGCGAUUGGUGACCGUUAGGCCUCCUCGCCUCAGGAGUGAGGAGCACAUUUCGGGGCGUCCCUUCGGCCAGGGAUGGAGAAGCGAGUCCUGGCUGGGCGGGCUUGGCCUGCUGGGAGCGGUGCCGUGUCAGUGAUGGAGGCCCCGAUGCAUGGCACCGUGCACCUGAGCGACUGGCAGAAAAGUUACUUUGCUAUUGCCUCUGGCACCUGCACACCCGGACAGAAGGCUGAUGAGUACCGUGCCAAAAUUCUGCGUAUUCAGUAUGCAUGGGCAAACUCUGAGAUCUCUCAGGUCUGUGCUGCCAACCUCUUUAAAAAAUACGCAGAGAAAUACUCUGCAAUUAUUGACUCUGACAACAUAGAGACUGGCUUGAAUAACUAUGCUGAAAACAUUUUGACUUUGGCAAAGUGUCAACAAAAUGACAGUGACAAGUGGCAAUCUGCCUUGACAACAGAGAAUGUAUUUGGUUUGAAGUGUGUGCAGGAGAGGAUGCAGGCUGGCAAAAAUGUCCAGAGCUCUCAGAUGGCACCAGCAGAUGCCCUUGUACUAGCUGAUAAAGGGGUCAGUGCCUCUGCUGCUCCAGGCCUUCCCAGGCUCAGUGCCUUCAGCAGCACCGGUGAGGGUGAACGCUGUGCUAGCUCAUCAAAAAGUACAGGUCGGGGCCCACAUCUCCUUGAGCAUCCCUUGUCUUCAAAGUCUCUCCAAAGCAGUGUGCCUCCUGUGACCAAAACUUCAGAUAUACUUCCUGUGUCUUCUGCCUCCUUAAGUGAACAGAUUCAUACGGGGUUCCAGGCGGCACCGCUGUUUGGAAAUAAAGAAAUGACAAGUGGUCCUUCUCUGAAAAUUCCAGGUAACUGUAGUGAUGGACAAAAUUUGUCUCUUCCCAAUCAGUCAGCUGUACAAGCAUGGUCUGGGAAAAGAAAAGCAUUUUAUGGCUUGACUGAUAAAGGCAGCACUUCCACUUCUAGUCUUGCUCCAUGCCAGGCUUCCAGUACUAUGGAAGCCAACAGUUUUUCCGGGAAUAGAAAUGGAAUUGAAGAGAGUGGUGUUCCUGGUUUUAGAACUGCCAAAGAACAGCUGUGGGUGGAUCAGCAAAAGAAACCUCAGAGUCUACAACAGCGUGCACCAGUCUCAACAUAUGGAGGUGUAAAAAAGUCACUGGGUGCUGGUAGAUCUCGGGGUCCAUUUAGCAAGUUUGUUCCUCCAGUCCCAAAACAGGAUGGAAAUGAAAACGGAGGAAUGCAGUGUAAGCCUCAUGCCAGAGGGCCAGCGGAUCCUUUACUUCCUGUAGAUGAACGACUGAAAAGUAUAGAACCAAAAAUGGUGGAACUCAUUAUGCAUGAGAUCAUGGACCAUGGGCCUCCUGUGAACUGGGAUGACAUUGCUGGAGUUGAAUUUGCUAAAGCGACAAUAAAAGAAAUUGUAGUCUGGCCUAUGCUGAGGCCAGACAUCUUUACUGGGUUACGUGGUCCUCCUAAAGGAAUUCUUCUCUUUGGCCCCCCUGGAACUGGGAAAACUCUCAUAGGCAAGUGCAUUGCUUGCCAGUCUGGAGCUACUUUUUUUAGCAUCAGUGCCUCUUCUCUGACUUCCAAAUGGGUAGGUGAGGGGGAAAAGAUGGUCCGUGCACUGUUUGCUGUGGCACGAUGUCAACAGCCAGCAGUGAUUUUCAUUGAUGAGAUUGAUUCUCUGUUGUCUCAGCGUGGGGAUGGGGAGCAUGAGUCUUCAAGGAGAAUAAAAACUGAGUUUCUGGUCCAGUUAGAUGGGGCAACAACCUCCUCUGAAGAUCGUAUUCUGGUGGUUGGUGCAACGAAUCGGCCCCAGGAAAUUGAUGAGGCUGCCCGAAGGAGACUUGUGAAGAGACUCUACAUUCCUCUUCCAGAAGCUUCAGCUAGAAAGCAGAUUGUUACUCGUCUGAUGUCAAAGGAGCACAGCUGUCUCAGUGAAGAGGAAAUCGAGCUUAUAGUUAAGCAAUCAGAUGGGUUUUCUGGGGCAGACAUGACACAGCUGUGUCGUGAAGCUUCUCUGGGCCCUAUCCGCAGUCUUCAGUCCAUGGAUAUCACAACCAUCAUGCCAGAGCAAGUACGACCCAUUGCUUUUGUUGACUUUGAGAGUGCCUUUGGAACCGUGCGGCCUAGCGUGUCCUCGAAGGACCUGGAGCUGUAUGAAACCUGGAACCGGACAUUUGGCUGUGGCAGAUAGUUGCAUUGUAACUUUUGCAGAAACAGUUCUUUAGCACUGUUAUGUAUUAAACCUGUGAUCAUUUAGUGUAUCCAUGCUGCUUUUUGUUUUUAUCUGUCUUUGUAAUAAACACUCUAAAUUUACGCAGCCAGAUGUCCAGGUGUUGGCAUGAGGUGUAGCUCAUUGAAAAAACUGAGGAAUUACAGAGAGCUGCUGUGAAGGAUGGAUGGAUGAGUUUCACUGAUGUUAAGGGGAAGAUGAUAUCAGAACUAAAUAAUUUGGUUAGGGGUGUAGCAAAGCUGGAGCUAAUGGGGAAACUCGGGGGCACAAUGAGUUGGAAGGGAGACAGGAACACAGGAAGGAAAGAAUCAUGGUGGAUGAGGAAAGAAACUCAUGGAAAAAUAGAAGGGGGGAGGAAAGAGAACAGUGUCGUGUAAAUAGUGGUGUUGUUUGACUGAGACCUGCCUACAUCACUGUAGCCUAUUCCCAGGUUGUUAUUAAACUCUCUUUCUGAUUGCUUUUCUGUUUGACUUUGUUUUCUAUUCUGUGUCUGUGUGCAUGCCAUGCCUCAUCUGGAGGGCACCAACAACUGUAGAAGAGGCCAAGAGUCAUAGGGGGCUGUAGGCUCCCAGGGCCAGCCAUGGACUUUCCAUUGUGUAGGGGUAGGGUGAUGUGAUUCCUCAUGUCUGCACAAACUUCUCUAGAAAAAAUUACUAGCAAUCUUCAGGUUGGACUGCAAAUGGAAAUUGCAAAUGCAAAUGGGAGGAAAGUAGCAUCUGGAAUGAACCAAAGUAUGGCCUUUUGGCAGAGAAGUUGCCUCCAUCCCUGCAAGCAUUCAAGGCUAGGCUGGAUGUGGCUCUGGGCAGGCUCUGGGCAGCCUGGUCUAGUGGUUGGUGAUCCUGCUCAUAGCAGGGGGUUGACACUAGAUGAUCAUUGUGAUCCUUUUCAAUUUAGGCUAUUCUGUGAUUCUAUGAAGAGGAGGCUCAGAGUUUUGCUAUGACUAUUGCAUGAACUUAGAUCCUAUGGCAAUGCUUGAAGGACCUGUGAACAUGGUGCUCUUGUGAAGUGAGGGAGUGAGGAGGCCUGGGUGUACUGCUGGUGAGGUUCAAUCCUGUUCAUGUGGAGACAAGAAAUGAAAUAGGGCUGUCUGUAGUGCUGUUUAUGCUGUUAGAUAGGAAGAAGAAACGCUGUGUCCCAAAGUCAACUACUUAAAAUGUUUUCUAAUAACUGUGGUAAAAUUACUAACUAGGUUCUAUUUUGUAUUCUUACCUAAGGGCUUGAAGAAAGGCUCUGCCAUUUUGUUCAAAUAAUCCAUCCUUGCCCACUGGCUGGAUAGAGUUGAACUGAAAAUAUGUGAAAUGCUUUCAUUUUUGUAGGGCUGACUACAGUGGUAUCUGGGGUUUAUUUUCACUUUCUCUGAAGCAUUUCUCCUUCUAUUAGGAAAAAGCUGAUCUUAAAAGCUAGUCAUAAGAUUUUUCUAAAGUGGGAUAAAUUAUUGAUGCUGUUUAGCUAACAUUUUUUAAAGCCAUUUGGGAACUGCAGAAAGCUAUGAGACUAGCGAAGCUUAAUUUUGGAAUAAUUUGGAAAGUUUAGCAUUUCUUUUUGUUUAAUCACAAUAAGCCCUAACAAUCAGUUCUAGUUUGUGUCUUCAGAAGCAUGGGCUGUGUGAGGAAUGGUUUUGCAGAGACAUAAAAAUUCAGGUAUGCGAAUUUAUCUUAAUUUUUGAAAUAGUGGA